ACACGGACAAUUCAUUUGGCGCCAAAACCAUAAAAAAAACCUUGACCAUUGGUCAUUCUGAACACGUGACUACACUUAGUCUUGAUGAACCGUGCAAUACAUUAUUUUUCUACUAUACUACGAAACGCAGAAAAAUAUACUUUUGUACAUACUUUAUAGAUGAAGAGGUAUUUACAAGUAAGGCAAAUUAAUGGAGGGUAAAACGAUAUAAUAAUAUGGCAAGUCAAAGUAGUGUUUUCUCUAACGCAAGUACUGUACCGCUUGAUUUGAUUGAUGAACAAGAUGACGAUUUCGUCAACGAAAUUGAAGAAGUCGAUAGAAUAUUUUUUGGGAAUGUAGAAAUCAAUGAAAUUAAUGAACAUGACUUUAACACAAACGAUGAUGAUGACACAGAUAAUGACGAGUCUGAUAAAGAAAAUACUGAGCCAUGUCCGAUAGCUUUCAGUGAUUUAGACAUAAAUGAAUCUGUCAAAGAAAAACAAUUUCUUGAAAACACUUGCAAAUGUGAAAAACUAUACAAUAAAGUACCAUGCAGCACUAUUGUUAACCACGAAGUAUUGUCUGAAUAUAGAUAUAGUUGUUUAGAAAUGGACAAAAAUGAGCUUGACAUGGUAAUAAAAGUUCAACUGUUUGCACACAGACACAAUGACACAAAUGUUGAUGCCAAAAAACAUAAAAGCAAAGAAAGAGAAAGAAUAAAUCAGCAGUAUUAUUUUAAUGGCCACCAGAUAUGCAGGAAGACUUUUUUAUUUGCACAUGCAAUUGGAAAAUCUCAGCUAGAUUCUAUAUCGAAAUCAUUGGAAAAAGAAGGUUUAAAACCCAGGACUCAUGGAAACUCUGGUAAAACCCCUAAGCAUGCUUUGUCCAUAACUGAUAUUCAGAGAGUGAAGCAUUUUCUUCAGGAAUAUGCUGUUAAAUUUGGAGUCCCCUUGCCUGGUCGUUUGCCAAAUCACAAAGACUUAAAGGUGACUUUACUGCCUUCAGAUAAAACUAAAGCUGACAUACAUCAAAUAUAUCAAGAAGCUGCAUCUUCACUUAACUACAGGGCAAUAAGUUUAUCUGAGUUUAAGAAGUUGUGGUUAGAGCAGUGUCCACAAAUAGUCCUCAUGAAACCAGCAACAGAUUUAUGUUCAGCUUGUCAAAGCUUUACUGUCAGUUUAAGUAACACAGGAAAUAUGACAGAAGAAGAAAAGACCAUUUUGUUACAAAACUAUGGUGGUCAUGUUGAAAAGGUUAAGAAACAGAGAGACUAUUACAGAGAUCAAUGCCAAGAAAGCAAGGAGAAUUAUACUCAGUUACCAGACAAUCAAAGAAACAGAGGUCAACCGCCACUAUCAUUUGAGGGAAGCAUGCAUUACAGCUUUGACUAUGCACAACAAAUACACUAUCCACACUAUGCACAACAAGUGGGGCCAUUGUUUUUCAAAACUCCAAGGAAAUGUCAGUGUUUUGGUGUCUGUGCUGAAGGUCCAGGAUCACAGAUAUUUUACCUUGUUGAUGAAAGUGAAGAGACUGGAAAGGGUGCCAAUAGUGUAAUUAGCAUGCUACAUCACCAUUUUGAAUAUAAGUCAUAUGGGGAAACAACAGUCAAACUUCACAUGGACAACUGUACAGGGCAGACAUGAAUAACUUUGUAAUUUGGUAUGGUAUGUGGAGAGUAUUGACAGGAAGACACACCAGUGUGGAAUUUAGUUGCAUGGAAGCUGGGCAUACCAAAUUUCAUCCACACUGGCAUUUUGGAUUAUGGAAGGUGAAAUGGAGAC